AUGUCCUCCAACGACUCAACUGCAAAAGGCUGGACCGACCGCCAACGUCUCGCCUACUACUUCUCGCUAGUCGAGUAUUCAAACGUAAAACUAGACUUUACCAACGCGCCUCGUCCCGAGGGCAAAUCCGUAGGCGCAUGCCGCAUCAUGGUCGACCGACUCAAGGGCACGCUGAAAGACGAGUUGGCUGCGUUGCGCGGUGCUGACGCUGACGCUGGUGGUACCACGCCUAAGAAGGCGGUUACAACUGCGAGGAAGCGGAAGGCGGAGGAUGGCACGCCGGUGAAGCAGGGAAGGAAGAAGAAGGUUGAGGAUGUUGAGGAAGAAGAGGAGAAGGUGGUGGGCGACAAGAAUGAAGUCAAAGAGGAGGAUAUUGAUGGUGUCGUCUAA